GUAAACGCUUCCGCUUUUUCCGCGACAGUGUCAGAGGAGUAAAAUUGAUGUUACUGUCUCUGAUUGCUCUGGGGUCUUCGUUGUUGGUUCUUAGGUCUUACGUCUUCGUUUUCUACCCACCCUUGAUGUUGCCUUGAUUUAACUCCAGUUUACCAUGUAGAGCGGACGAAAGCUUCUGGUGAGUUUAAUUGUUCUAUUAUACUGCUCAUGAUUUCUGCAGACCUUGAAUUUGAAUGUACUGGUGGUGAAUUCGUACGUCAGUGCAUGAAGUCCAGUGCCAUUAUGUUAGGCAAUUCUAUAGCUAAUGAACAUUGUAAAUCUUGUCGUUACUAGUUAGAGUAAGAUUCAGAUACUGGUUUUGACCCUGUAUGCGGGCUGUACGGAAAUCGUACGUACUCUGCUGGUUGGUAAAUCAUGAAAGUAUUUGGGGUAUUAAAAAGAGGUAGUAAAAAAUUAUGUUGCGGCUCAAUUUUAUCCCCCGGGUUGGGGGCGGGGGUACUUGGCUUAAUUUCUGCUGGGUAUGUGCAGCUGGCCUCUCAGAGCCCCUACCCCAUUAUAUUUUUUUCUGUGGCCAAUGAUAGACCUUAUCUUAGUCACGUUUGGGCAAAUUAUGUAAUUUUUGAGAUCCCAACUUAGUCACUUUCUAAUUAUGUAUCUACCUUAUAUUGAAUGAAGAACACUUUACUUUUCACCUACAGUACAAACAUUCUGUUACUGUUUGCUAACUGUAAAUAUAUGAAGAACUGUCUUACCCCAAAAGUCAGAGAAUGUGUGAUUCCAUUGUAGUAACUCUACUGAAAACGCGACCCCAUUAUGGUCAAUCCACUGUGAAAAGGUGACCCCAUCCAGCAGCACAUCUCCAUUAGCCUCUUAUAAGGAAGUACACCUUCCCCCGGUUUUAUCCUUGGCUUUAAAUUUUACAUUUAUUUGUUUUUUUAUGAUGAUAAGACUGAAACAAAAGGAACUGAAAUGUACACCAAGGAUAAAAUUGAACCACAACAUUAAAAUGUCCACAAUUUUUUCACUUUACUUUACCUUGGUUUUAUGGUACAUAAAUGGUUGAAGGGUUAAUGGUUCCGUCAAUUCCAAGCCCGCUCAUCUAUACCCCCCCACCCCAGGCAUUUGUCACACAUUUGUCUUUUUAUAUAUACAGCUAUUUAGAGAAAGGUUGUCGGAAAAAGUGCACAUGACAAUCCCGAAAGGCAUUGUGGAUGGUUUUUAGUUCUCUGUGCUUCAAAGAAAUGUGAAAAAAUUGGCACGAAAGGCCAUGGAAAUGUGUUUGCAAGUGCUAAAGGAAAGCGACAAAAGUACGUUCGACAGCUACAGUCGUCAGGAACAGUGUAUUGAUCAUAAAAUUAUCCCAUAUUACCUUUCGGGAUUGUCGAGUACACAUUUUUUUCGACAAACCUUUCUCGAAAUAGCUGACAGUAUAUAGUGUUACAAAUGCUGGACUCAGGGCUUUUAAAAUAUAUAUAUAUAUAUAUAUAUAUAUAUAUAUAUACAUUGCAAUUUUUUUAAUUUUUGGCAAGCCAUACAAAUUUGACCUGCCAUUAACUUAUAUUUUCUGCCUGCCACCUACUGCCAUUUUUGCUAUUGCAGAUGAAAUCAGAUUAUGGUUUGGUUUUCAGUAGCAAUACAUUUAUUUGUUGGCUGAUGAGACAAUGAAGAAGUCCUUCAUCGUUUCUAUGUGAUCAGAUGUAAGAUCUGCCUCACUGAGGUAUUUUUAGACUGUUUCCAUAUUUCAUCAAAAUGUUCACAUAGAUAUUGGAAGUUAAUAUUGUAUACUUCAAUGUUCUGAACAUUGGGGUUGAGCCUAAAAUGCUGGGUUGAAUUAAAUAAGAAAACCACAAACUGUUGUAUGCUUUUAAACUUUAUAAAGAAGCUAACAGUUAAGAGACCUUCUGGUGCUAAUUUUUUAUUGGGGACAAUUGAUUUGAGGAAAGAAAUGGUAGGUAAACAAGCAUGGUAAGAGGAGAUGAAAAUGUCAGAAAACCAGUCCAGUUAAUUUGCCCUGCCAUUUCUUUAUCCAUUUGGCAGUUCAUGGUCAUUAAUUUUCUUUGCCUGCAAACCUAAAAUUUACGAUGUAGCCUGUUAUUUGGCCAUUUUCAGGCCACUAUUUCGAGCCCAGUGGGUUCAGCUCAAACUUACAAAUCCAACUGUGGGGCUUCUGGAAGAGUGGAUAUCCCAUGCACUGACAUACCAACUUUAAACUCAGUGGCAAAAUCUAAUUCUUAAACCUCAUUCAGAUUGAUCACUGAUUUUAAUGAUACACCAUGCAAAACUUAAUGUGAUUUCAGAAAUGUAAAUUGAAAACCGGGCACAAAAUGCUAGCACACAUGCAGUUCAAAUUGAUUUAGAAUUCUUUAUGCCAUUUUAUGAUGCAGUCAUGAACUGAGUUGCUAAAAAUCCUUUGAGGUAUUGUAAUGUGUAAAAUUUACCCAGGGCUAAUCUCGUACCCAGAUCUCCUGUUGAUGAAGCCAAAGGCGAGAUCUGGUAAAUCUGAUUUGUACACUUGAUCGCCUGUUAGGAAUGUGACGAUGAAAGAGUGCAUGCUCGAAAUAAAUCCUCAAUUUUAGGUGUUUAAACAACAAAAGUUAAUGGAGCCAUGAUAAUUUUUCUUACAAAACGUGGUUAUAUGCAUAUACAUAUGAACAAAAUAAUUUGUUAUUGUGUUGUUUUUCUUAAUGUAACAGUCAAAUUCGAAUAUCAUAGCGUGUGCGAAAAGCUGAAAGCAGCAUGUGUCAGCUCAUUCUUGGCCAGAAUUUUUUUCACCCUUUUCUAAGGUCUUGAUUUUGAUACCAUUAAAAAAAAUAUUUUUAACAAAGUCUUUAAAGAUGAUGGUUUUACAAGUUAUAUUGAGACGGGCAAUUACCUCUUCAGUGAAAAUAUUGAUUUGAAUAGAACUACUGAAGACUUUGCAAUUAAAGAAUGAAUUUGCACACACUGUAGCACACGCAGGAGACAACACUCACAUCAUUCGCUCACAAUUUUGUUACUUGACCAGAUCUCGCCUUUGGCUUUGUAAAACAAGAGAUCUGGGUAUAUUAGAUUAUGCUAGGGCUAAAAACAAAGCUUCCUUUUAGAUACAAAUGUACUUAUACUAUUAAAAGCAAUUAACUUUAAACUUAAAACCCAUAAGCUUUCACAAGAAAUUCUCAAAUCCCUACUUUACUUUUGGAGCCUUUCAUUUACCCUUUAUAUUAAAAGGAAGGGGUUCAGUUGAGUAAGAAUAGUAAGAAUAUAUCUUGCGAACACUCUUAGAAUUAAUAGACUCUCCCAUCAAGCUUAAGAAUUUCUGUUGACAGCAAAGAAAAAAGAAAAAUUUAAUAUGAAUCAAGUUUAAUCACAGUCACUUGCAUUUUAUGCAUUCUAGCUUGUCAUGGAAAAAAUUUCUUGCAAAUAACCAGGGAAUAAGGGAUGGCGGGGGAGGGGGCUGGGUGGGUGUGCUGAGUGAUCAGACUUGGAAUUGACUAGGCCAUUCUAAUAGAAAUCUAUGCAAACAAAUCUUGUUACGUACCUCUUGGCUCUAGGGUAAACUAUUCCAGGUAUUGUUUGAUUCUACAAGAACACCAGAUAUACAUGUAGUACAGACAAACACAGGAGAGGAAAUAACUUAUCAGUGGUUUUGCUUUUCAACCUGAAAUUGUCUAUGAACAGCCAAUGAACUGUGCUAGAGUAAAAAUAAAACUUCUCAAUAUUUAAAUUUAUAUAAGAAAUAGUAAACUUGUAGGUGGCCUUGGCUUUACUGCAAAACUUCAACAUCCCCCAGGCAAACCCCUGGCAUUUGGCCAUCAUUUGUGCCCAGGGAGUGGAGAAUUUGACUUUUGCCUGAGUGGGUGGAGGACUUUAAAUCAGUGGUGUCAAGUUUAUGUAAGGGUUAUAUUAAAUACCUGGAACGAGGGGUUAUGUGAUAUAUUCACUUGGUAAUGCCCCAAGGGUGCAGCUUGAGGGGCGGUAAUGUACAUGUACCAAGUGAAUAUAUCACAUACCCCCAAUGCACAGAUAAAUAACAUGCUUAUUUUUCACUUGUGAGUUUUCCUAAAAGCAAAAAGCUAAAUGUGAAAAAGCUUGAAAUUAAUUCUCUAGAGAUGCUUAUUCCCAAGAGCCACAAAUUGUAAUUGAAGUUGAACUCUAAAAUAUGGAAAUUGGUCAGUUCAUGGCCGGGAGUAAGUCUAAAGCCUUUUGCAAACAGACGCAACAUUGUUGAAUGUUACAUGCUGCGUCCGUUUGCACACCCUGUUGCAUGUUGUUAGGAGUAGUUGUGCAAAAAUUGAAACCGGUCAAACUUAUAGCUACAUGAAGAUGAACGCAAUAACUCCCAACAAUGUUGGGAGUUGUUGGCCAAGAAUGUUGCUUCUGUUUGCAUGGGGCUCAUCAGUAGUUUUACCACAUAAAGAUUAGCUACAUCAGAGGAAAAAGUAUUCUUAACGUUAAGGCAGAGCAGUUUUGGAAAUUCUUUUGGACCUUCCACUUUGACAGAUUUUUGUGUCAGUCAUCGGAUGAGUCACAUUGCAAACCAGGGCUUCCCCCUGGUGUAGGACCCCAGGCUAACCAAGGGGAUUGGAAAAUGGGCGGUGCAAAGUUGACAAGUUCCUCUAGGGGUGGGGGAAUUUAACAAGGCAAAGUCCCCUGGGUCAAGUGCUUCUUAAUGAAAAAUCCCCCUGAUAUCCAUAUCUAACUGGGCUUUACUUGACUGAUUGACUUAAAAUAAUGAUACUUGUAUUCCAUGUAGCUGGCAGAAUGUAAUGUGCAUGACUGUUAACAGGGGCCACAUGCCACCCAUGGAAUGAAUUUGGCUGUAAAGCUGUAAGAGGAAUGGCAAUGUGCAUGCCAAUUAAAUUUAUUUUUCUUGCUUAUUUUGCUGUGAUUUGAUAUCAGAAAUGACUACUUUUAACGGCAGAUGAAAAGAAUGGCCCAUAAAGAAAAGCAAAAUAAAGUGAUAGAAACUGCAUUUUUUUGUUAUAUCACAUGGUCACCAUUCUUUCCUUUUCUGUUUUGGCGUGGUUUUUGCAAAUUUAGGGAUGGAUCAUAAGAAAAGUAAAAAGAAGGGGGGGAUACAGGAACUUUUUCUUGGCCCAUUACCUGUGCAAGAUGUUGUUUUUAGUGCAACCCUUGGUAGGAGUUUUUUUUGAAAAUAUGCCUUGUGCUUUUUUGCCAUUAAAAUAACUGAAAAUGAUGCUGCUUUUUUAUUAUUUCAGAGGCUGUAAUUUAGACGUGACUUUUACUAUUCAAUUUUACAUUUAUGACUUACACUAAAUGUACAUUAAGGUUCAUUUUAACAAAUUUAGUUUUAAGGGAGGUAUUAAAGGUAACAAGACGCUGUGGGAGCGUAUAUUUGGGUGUAAUCGUACUACGGGUACGAUAGUUUAAACUUGCCUUAUUGCAGCUAAACAACUGUCAUCACAUCUUACCAGAGAAGAUAAAUCCUUUACUCCACUUGUUUGCUGAACCACACAGCUUAUAGACUAUGUCCCAAUCCACAACAAAAAUCGUGUCAUUUCGUGACAAUGUUUGAAAAUAUGCACAUCUUCAAUGCAGACAUGCUUGGAGCCAAAUUGCAACAUAGGAUAUAAGUGGUUUCAGCCCGGAGAGUAAGGUUUAUCUCAGCUCGACUGAUACUGACACUUUGUGGAAGACUGACUGACAGAUGUGUUUUCACACCCAUCACAUUGUACAGUGUAUUCCGGUUACUAACAAGGGCAAAUACAGUUCCUUAAAGGGACUGGUUCACGAUAAUGCGCAUGCGCGCCGUUUGUCUCUUCAGAAUAAAUUUGUCGGGUCAACACUAAAUUCGAAAUCGCCAUUACCGGUACAAUCAUUGAAAAUCCUUCGUUUUAUUCGGACAUCCGUCGCUUUGGCUGGUCUAUUAUACUUUGGUAGUGGUGAUUAACGUGUGGUUGAGUCGUUUGACUGGUUACGUUUUAAGAAGACGCAAAAAAUAAUGUUUUGAUCAUGGAGGUUCAGAAGAGCAUCGUGGCCGUCCGGCAACAGGACGUUCUCAAGAGUCUCUGGAGAUAGAGAAGCUUAGCCUAUCGAUCUGUUAUGGUUCUAGGAGUAGUGUGUGGCAUACGAAAAGAAUACACGACACUUGGAAAGUGGUUAAAGGCAUGAGUUCGUUCAACUUUGAUUUGAUUUUUGACUCCGACCUGUAGUUAUACCGCAACAGGCCGCGCGAUCUUCACCGAUCUGGUACGCUUGAAAUGUUCCUUGUAUAUUUGCUUUACGAUCGUAUAUGUUUAAGAAUUGAUGUUUUAAAAAUAAAUUAUUGCCUGAAUAUUCUGUUUAUAAUCUAGUUUCUUUAUGUGUGCUACUCGAUAACAUUUGUUUUGCGGAACACUGACCCGAUGCAACGCGAAUGAAUUUGUUCAUUUGCUGAUAAGCAAUUGAAAUUUAUGCUCAAUUAAGGAUAAUCUUUAUACUCAUACGUUGUGUGUUUUUUGUCAGCGGUCAGGCGCUAUUUGUAGGUAUUUCUGGGUUUAUAUAAGGCGAACUAAGAGAACAGUAAUAAGAUGUUUGUUUACAAAUUUUGCCGAUCGGUGACUGUUUUGUUAGCGUGGGUACGACCUCGUAAAAAUACACGUUGGUAAAUGUUUGUUUCAAAGCAGGACAGGGGUGUAAAUCUUAUUCUUAUCGGCUGCAACAAUAUAUCUGAGGAGUAGCAAAGAAUAAACUUGAAUUAUGGGGAUAAAUAAAAUCAAACCAAAUGCCCGGAAAUACUCUCGCGUCGCAAACAAUUAAUUUGAAUUUUGUAAAUUUACGUGCGUGCAUCUAACGCGCUUCCGAUUAGUUGAAAAACAAUCAGCUACUGUCAGAACUCACACAUGCGCAUUAUCGUGAACCAGUCCCUUUAAGUCCAGUAUGCACAAGGAUUAAUAAGAGAAUAACACAUUGCAUAAACUGCUAUAGGGCAGCACUGUUUACAGGAACAUUGGUAACUAUUAACAUUUGAUAUACUACAAUGUUCAACAUUGCUUGAGAAAAAAUGAGGUUCAAAGGUCGCAAUAUGUAGCAAUAAACUAUGACCCGGACUCUCCAAGGAGGUUCAUAUCUGGAUGAGGAUUAAACUGCAUAUGUAGAGUCGGAAAAUAUUGUACUAAUUUAUGCAUGGAUGGUAUUUCCAACAAUACACGUCCCUUCACUAUGACUGUUAUGAUACAUAUCUCUAGCAUGAGAAUCAAAUACAUUAUAUCCCUCAGCCUCAAUGCUGUAGAUACCAACACCAAUAAUUGCCAUCGUUAAAAUGAAUGAGUUGUAGUUCAGUGCGAGAUCUCAAUUCAACUUCUUUUAUUUCCUCCACGACACAAUUUUCCUUCUGUACAACUAGCUCAUUACCUUAUCUCGCUGCCAUCAACACUCUAACACAAAACUUGCUGAUAAUGCAAACUCCCGACGCAUAGCAUCGUACAUGUACCGCGUCAAAAUAUACACAAGUAGAUGAAAAAACACAACACGAAAUACAAAAACAAGUACAUUAACCGUCACCCUGCUAAACAAAAUUGAAAUAAUAAAAAGAAUUGUUGCAGUUAUUACAGUAGUUUCAAAAGAAGCCUCAGGCCCUUUUGGUUUCAAUUGCUGACAAUAGUCUCUUCCUUCAUCGGAACAGAUUUUUUAUCACAGGCAACUCGUUGUGUUCCGCAAUGCAAAAGUCAAAAUCACUAUUGUCACACUGAUAAACAGCUACACAAAUCUUGCGACUCUCAAACUUGUUAAACAUUCCUCUGUUCAAACUCAUCCAUUUUACACGUACACUCCUGAUAUUCCGAUUUGUCAUUGCGUCUAUAGGGUUCAUGAGUCUUUGAAGUCAUUGAAUGUCUUCAUAAUUUCCUUUGUGUUUCUUUGAGUUCGCGGACCAGCCCAUUCCGAAAACACUCCGUGUUAUUUUUUAGUGUGGGCCUACCGUGAACAGUGUGUGCAUUUGUAAGUUUAACCUGGUAUAACAUAAUUGAACAAUAUAUUAACACGUUCCUCGAAACGCCGCGGCCAAAUGUUAUCCAAACUGCUUCUUACUUUUGCUUCGAAAAAUUUCGGAUCAAACGAUAUCCAAAUCGUCCCUCAUUGGAUCAUCCACUCGACCGAACAAAAUCGACCAAUCACAAAAUAAGGAAUAGAAAAUGGACAUAAAAUAAAGUAAACAGCAAAUUGAGAUGAUCUCUUAGGAAACAUGCAAUUAAAACUGUCUUUCUAUGAUUGGUGCAUUUCGAUCCUCUCGUCAAAAAAAUGUCAGACGCCAAUCACCUCAGUGGACCUCUUAGGAAACGAAAGUUUACUUCAACGGGUUCAAAAGGUCAUUGUUUGUGAUUUGUGAUUGGUGGAUUUCGAUCCGUUUUGUGAGUUUCUGUGUUUCAAGGUUCGUUGGUUGGGAUCUUAUUGUGACCAAAACCCGACGUUAAUAUUCCAAAUAUUUUUGAUAGAUUUCAUCCCUGGACUUCAAUUUCGAUGAGGCAAAAAUACUGUAGAUUCAGAUUAACUUUUGAGGUCGUAAAAGUGCGAUAAAGUGCCGUGUGCUAGCAGAGCUUUCUUUCCCACAUGCCUCUUACCUUGUACAAGACGUUCGCAUGGCAGAUAUUAGCCUUGCUUCGCUUGUUUACUUGCCUUGUUUACUGUAACACGUAUUGCGUGCCUAUUGGACAUUUGCGUCAAAACAAGCCGUUUCCAUUAUUCUAUUUGGGCCACGCCCAAAGAAAUAGUUAUUCAUAACGAAUAAUGUUAAAUAGAUGUACCCUUGGAUAAUGACUGUCCCAGAUUUGAAGUGCCCAGUGAUUUCAGCUUGGCGCUUUCCUUGUGCUCUUAAUUGUUUCAACCCAUAUUUGUCAUUCGUUGCAAUAUCACUGAACAUUCAAGGGUAUGUUGUAUAAAGGUAACCUCCUUGCCAGGGUUCUUCUUACUCAUAUACUUAAUCAAAUCCUUUUUUCUGGCAUCGGUUAAAGCUAAAAUUUAUCCCCAUGAUCUUUUAAAGUUCAGCCAAACACUGUCUGGGCCGAACGUCAAGAUUGUCCAGUUUUUGUGAUAUUUCUAACCUUCAAAAAUGCAUUAAUAAUUCAUAAAGAAAAAGCAAAAGAAUUAAAUUAAUGUUUAAUGAGUGUCUUUAUAUCUGAUGAAGACACAGCUAAACUUUACGUCCAAUUACUUAGACCUAAAUAACCCCAAAUCUAAAUAUUAGUGCAAGAAUGAGUUGAUCUACGGCAGAGAUUUUGAAGCCGUUCCAAAAAACCUGCAGUCGUGAAUUAUUAGGUUUAAAAUCUGUCGGCUUCGCCUCGAUUUUUUAGAACUGACAAUACACUCCUGCUCGUUUUUUAAACAGUGCUUCGGUGAAAACGUCAUCCCAAAUGUCUCGAGAACGCUUUCAUGGAUCUUGCUCAAACUUCACGAACAUUGCGGCAUGUAUUGAAGGAACAAGCGGCCGAGAGUGAUUGUGUAAGCUCGACUGAUACUGACACUUUGUGGAAGACUGACUGACAGAUGUGUUUUCACACCCAUCACAUUGUACAGUGUAUUUCGGUUACUAACAAGGGCAAAUACAGUUCCUUAAAGGGACUGGUUCACGAUAAUGCGCAUGCGCGCCGUUUGUCUCUUCAGAAUAAAUUUGUCGGGUCAACACUAAAUUCGAAAUCGCCAUUACCGGUACAAUCAUUGAAAAUCCUUCGUUUUAUUCGGACAUCCGUCGCUUUGGCUGGUCUAUUAUACUUUGGUAGUGGUGAUUAACGUGUGGUUGAGUCGUUUGACUGGUUACGUUUUAAGAAGACGCAAAAAAAAUAAUGUUUUGAUCAUGGAGGUUCAGAAGAGCAUCGUGGCCGUCCGGCAACAGGACGUUCUCAAGAGUCUCUGGAGAUAGAGAAGCUUAGCCUAUCGAUCUGUUAUGGUUCUAGGAGUAGUGUGUGGCAUACGAAAAGAAUACACGACACUUGGAAAGUGGUUAAAGGCAUGAGUUCGUUCAACUUUGAUUUGAUUUUUGACUCCGACCUGUAGUUAUACCGCAACAGGCCGCGCGAUCUUCACCGAUCUGGUACGCUUGAAAUGUUCCUUGUAUAUUUGCUUUACGAUCGUAUAUGUUUAAGAAUUGAUGUUUUAAAAAUAAAUUAUUGCCUGAAUAUUCUGUUUAUAAUCUAGUUUCUUUAUGUGUGCUACUCGAUAACAUUUGUUUUGCGGAACACUGACCCGAUGCAACGCGAAUGAAUUUGUUCAUUUGCUGAUAAGCAAUUGAAAUUUAUGCUCAAUUAAGGAUAAUCUUUAUACUCAUACGUUGUGUGUUUUUGUCAGCGGUCAGGCGCUAUUUGUAGGUAUUUCUGGGUUUAUAUAAGGCGAACUAAGAGAACAGUAAUAAGAUGUUUGUUUACAAAUUUUGCCGAUCGGUGACUGUUUUGUUAGCGUGGGUACGACCUCGUAAAAAUACACGUUGGUAAAUGUUUGUUUCAAAGCAGGACAGGGGUGUAAAUCUUAUUCUUAUCGGCUGCAACAAUAUAUCUGAGGAGUAGCAAAGAAUAAACUUGAAUUAUGGGGAUAAAUAAAAUCAAACCAAAUGCCCGGAAAUACUCUCGCGUCGCAAACAAUUAAUUUGAAUUUUGUAAAUUUACGUGCGUGCAUCUAACGCGCUUCCGAUUAGUUGAAAAACAAUCAGCUACUGUCAGAACUCACACAUGCGCAUUAUCGUGAACCAGUCCCUUUAAGUCCAGUAUGCACAAGGAUUAAUAAGAGAAUAACACAUUGCAUAAACUGCUAUAGGGCAGCACUGUUUACAGGAACAUUGGUAACUAUUAACAUUUGAUAUACUACAAUGUUCAACAUUGCUUGAGAAAAAAUGAGGUUCAAAGGUCGCAAUAUGUAGCAAUAAACUAUGACCCGGACUCUCCAAGGAGGUUCAUAUCUGGAUGAGGAUUAAACUGCAUAUGUAGAGUCGGAAAAUAUUGUACUAAUUUAUGCAUGGAUGGUAUUUCCAACAAUACACGUCCCUUCACUAUGACUGUUAUGAUACAUAUCUCUAGCAUGAGAAUCAAAUACAUUAUAUCCCUCAGCCUCAAUGCUGUAGAUACCAACACCAAUAAUUGCCAUCGUUAAAAUGAAUGAGUUGUAGUUCAGUGCGAGAUCUCAAUUCAACUUCUUUUAUUUCCUCCACGACACAAUUUUCCUUCUGUACAACUAGCUCAUUACCUUAUCUCGCUGCCAUCAACACUCUAACACAAAACUUGCUGAUAAUGCAAACUCCCGACGCAUAGCAUCGUACAUGUACCGCGUCAAAAUAUACACAAGUAGAUGAAAAAACACAACACGAAAUACAAAAACAAGUACAUUAACCGUCACCCUGCUAAACAAAAUUGAAAUAAUAAAAAGAAUUGUUGCAGUUAUUACAGUAGUUUCAAAAGAAGCCUCAGGCCCUUUUGGUUUCAAUUGCUGACAAUAGUCUCUUCCUUCAUCGGAACAGAUUUUUAUCACAGGCAACUCGUUGUGUUCCGCAAUGCAAAAGUCAAAAUCACUAUUGUCACACUGAUAAACAGCUACACAAAUCUUGCGACUCUCAAACUUGUUAAACAUUCCUCUGUUCAAACUCAUCCAUUUUACACGUACACUCCUGAUAUUCCGAUUUGUCAUUGCGUCUAUAGGGUUCAUGAGUCUUUGAAGUCAUUGAAUGUCUUCAUAAUUUCCUUUGUGUUUCUUUGAGUUCGCGGACCAGCCCAUUCCGAAAACACUCCGUGUUAUUUUUUAGUGUGGGCCUACCGUGAACAGUGUGUGCAUUUGUAAGUUUAACCUGGUAUAACAUAAUUGAACAAUAUAUUAACACGUUCCUCGAAACGCCGCGGCCAAAUGUUAUCCAAACUGCUUCUUACUUUUGCUUCGAAAAAUUUCGGAUCAAACGAUAUCCAAAUCGUCCCUCAUUGGAUCAUCCACUCGACCGAACAAAAUCGACCAAUCACAAAAUAAGGAAUAGAAAAUGGACAUAAAAUAAAGUAAACAGCAAAUUGAGAUGAUCUCUUAGGAAACAUGCAAUUAAAACUGUCUUUCUAUGAUUGGUGCAUUUCGAUCCUCUCGUCAAAAAAAUGUCAGACGCCAAUCACCUCAGUGGACCUCUUAGGAAACGAAAGUUUACUUCAACGGGUUCAAAAGGUCAUUGUUUGUGAUUUGUGAUUGGUGGAUUUCGAUCCGUUUUGUGAGUUUCUGUGUUUCAAGGUUCGUUGGUUGUGAUCUUAUUGUGACCAAAACCCGACGUUAAUAUUCCAAAUAUUUUUGAUAGAUUUCAUCCCUGGACUUCAAUUUCGAUGAGGCAAAAAUACUGUAGAUUCAGAUUAACUUUUGAGGUCGUAAAAGUGCGAUAAAGUGCCGUGUGCUAGCAGAGCUUUCUUUCCCACAUGCCUCUUACCUUGUACAAGACGUUCGCAUGGCAGAUAUUAGCCUUGCUUCGCUUGUUUACUUGCCUUGUUUACUGUAACACGUAUUGCGUGCCUAUUGGACAUUUGCGUCAAAACAAGCCGUUUCCAUUAUUCUAUUUGGGCCACGCCCAAAGAAAUAGUUAUUCAUAACGAAUAAUGUUAAAUAGAUGUACCCUUGGAUAAUGACUGUCCCAGAUUUGAAGUGCCCAGUGAUUUCAGCUUGGCGCUUUCCUUGUGCUCUUAAUUGUUUCAACCCAUAUUUGUCAUUCGUUGCAAUAUCACUGAACAUUCAAGGGUAUGUUGCAUAAAGGUAACCUCCUUGCCAGGGUUCUUCUUACUCAUAUACUUAAUCAAAUCCUUUUUUUCUGGCAUCGGUUAAAGCUAAAAUUUAUCCCCAUGAUCUUUUAAAGUUCAGCCGAACACUGUCUGGGCCGAACGUCAAGAUUGUCCAGUUUUUGUGAUAUUUCUAACCUUCAAAAACGCAUUAAUAAUUCAUAAAGAAAAAGCAUAAGAAUUAAAUUAAUGUUUAAUGAGUGUCUUUAUAUCUGAUGAAGACACAGCUAAACUUUACCUCAAUUACUUAGACCUAAAUAACCCCAAAUCUAAAUAUUAGUGCAAGAAUGAGUUGAUCUACGGCAGAGAUUUUGAAGCCGUUCCAAAAACCUGCAGUCGUGAAUUAUUAGGUUUAAAAUCUGUCGGCUUCGCCUCGAUUUUUUAGAACUGACAAUACACUCCUGCUCGUUUUUUAAACAGUGCUUCGGUGAAAACGUCAUCCCAAAUGUCUCGAGAACGCUUUCAUGGAUCUUGCUCAAACUUCACGAACAUUGCGGCAUGUAUUGAAGGAACAAGCGGCCGAGAGUGAUUGUGUAAGCUCGACUGAUACUGACACUUUGUGGAAGACUGACUGACAGAUGUGUUUUCACACCCAUCACAUUGUACAGUGUAUUUCGGUUACUAACAAGGGCAAAUACAGUUCCUUAAAGGGACUGGUUCACGAUAAUGCGCAUGCGCGCCGUUUGUCUCUUCAGAAUAAAUUUGUCGGGUCAACACUAAAUCCGAAAUCGCCAUUACCGGUACAAUCAUUGAAAAUCCUUCGUUUUAUUCGGACAUCCGUCGCUUUGGCUGGUCUAUUAUACUUUGGUAGUGGUGAUUAACGUGUGGUUGAGUCGUUUGACUGGUUACGUUUUAAGAAGACGCAAAAAAUAAUGUUUUGAUCAUGGAGGUUCAGAAGAGCAUCGUGGCCGUCCGGCAACAGGACGUUCUCAAGAGUCUCUGGAGAUAGAGAAGCUUAGCCUAUCGAUCUGUUAUGGUUCUAGGAGUAGUGUGUGGCAUACGAAAAGAAUACACGACACUUGGAAAGUGGUUAAAGGCAUGAGUUCGUUCAACUUUGAUUUGAUUUUUGACUCCGACCUGUAGUUAUACCGCAACAGGCCGCGCGAUCUUCACCGAUCUGGUACGCUUGAAAUGUUCCUUGUAUAUUUGCUUUACGAUCGUAUAUGUUUAAGAAUUGAUGUUUUAAAAAUAAAUUAUUGCCUGAAUAUUCUGUUUAUAAUCUAGUUUCUUUAUGUGUGCUACUCGAUAACAUUUGUUUUGCGGAACACUGACCCGAUGCAACGCGAAUGAAUUUGUUCAUUUGCUGAUAAGCAAUUGAAAUUUAUGCUCAAUUAAGGAUAAUCUUCAUACUCAUACGUUGUGUGUUUUUGUCAGCGGUCAGGCGCUAUUUGUAGGUAUUUCUGGGUUUAUAUAAGGCGAACUAAGAGAACAGUAAUAAGAUGUUUGUUUACAAAUUUUGCCGAUCGGUGACUGUUUUGUUAGCGUGGGUACGACCUCGUAAAAAAUACACGUUGGUAAAUGUUUGUUUCAAAGCAGGACAGGGGUGUAAAUCUUAUUCUUAUCGGCUGCAACAAUAUAUCUGAGGAGUAGCAAAGAAUAAACUUGAAUUAUGGGGAUAAAUAAAAUCAAACCAAAUGCCCGGAAAUACUCUCGCGUCGCAAACAAUUAAUUUGAAUUUUGUAAAUUUACGUGCGUGCAUCUAACGCGCUUCCGAUUAGUUGAAAAACAAUCAGCUACUGUCAGAACUCACACAUGCGCAUUAUCGUGAACCAGUCCCUUUAAGUCCAGUAUGCACAAGGAUUAAUAAGAGAAUAACACAUUGCAUAAACUGCUAUAGGGCAGCACUGUUUACAGGAACAUUGGUAACUAUUAACAUUUGAUAUACUACAAUGUUCAACAUUGCUUGAGAAAAAAUGAGGUUCAAAGGUCGCAAUAUGUAGCAAUAAACUAUGACCCGGACUCUCCAAGGAGGUUCAUAUCUGGAUGAGGAUUAAACUGCAUAUGUAGAGUCGGAAAAUAUUGUACUAAUUUAUGCAUGGAUGGUAUUUCCAACAAUACACGUCCCUUCACUAUGACUGUUAUGAUACAUAUCUCUAGCAUGAGAAUCAAAUACAUUAUAUCCCUCAGCCUCAAUGCUGUAGAUACCAACACCAAUAAUUGCCAUCGUUAAAAUGAAUGAGUUGUAGUUCAGUGCGAGAUCUCAAUUCAACUUCUUUUAUUUCCUCCACGACACAAUUUUCCUUCUGUACAACUAGCUCAUUACCUUAUCUCGCUGCCAUCAACACUCUAACACAAAACUUGCUGAUAAUGCAAACUCCCGACGCAUAGCAUCGUACAUGUACCGCGUCAAAAUAUACACAAGUAGAUGAAAAAAAACACAACACGAAAUACAAAAACAAGUACAUUAACCGUCACCCUGCUAAACAAAAUUGAAAUAAUAAAAAGAAUUGUUGCAGUUAUUACAGUAGUUUCAAAAGAAGCCUCAGGCCCUUUUGGUUUCAAUUGCUGACAAUAGUCUCUUCCUUCAUCGGAACAGAUUUUUAUCACAGGCAACUCGUUGUGUUCCGCAAUGCAAAAGUCAAAAUCACUAUUGUCACACUGAUAAACAGCUACACAAAUCUUGCGACUCUCAAACUUGUUAAACAUUCCUCUGUUCAAACUCAUCCAUUUUACACGUACACUCCUGAUAUUCCGAUUUGUCAUUGCGUCUAUAGGGUUCAUGAGUCUUUGAAGUCAUUGAAUGUCUUCAUAAUUUCCUUUGUGUUUCUUUUUGAGUUCGCGGACCAGCCCAUUCCGAAAACACUCCGUGUUAUUUUUUAGUGUGGGCCUACCGUGAACAGUGUGUGCAUUUGUAAGUUUAACCUGGUAUAACAUAAUUGAACAAUAUAUUAACACGUUCCUCGAAACGCCGCGGCCAAAUGUUAUCCAAACUGCUUCUUACUUUUGCUUCGAAAAAUUUCGGAUCAAACGAUAUCCAAAUCGUCCCUCAUUGGAUCAUCCACUCGACCGAACAAAAUCGACCAAUCACAAAAUAAGGAAUAGAAAAUGGACAUAAAAUAAAGUAAACAGCAAAUUGAGAUGAUCUCUUAGGAAACAUGCAAUUAAAACUGUCUUUCUAUGAUUGGUGCAUUUCGAUCCUCUCGUCAAAAAAAAAAAAAAAAAAUGUCAGACGCCAAUCACCUCAGUGGACCUCUUAGGAAACGAAAGUUUACUUCAACGGGUUCAAAAGGUCAUUGUUUGUGAUUUGUGAUUGGUGGAUUUCGAUCCGUUUUGUGAGUUUCUGUGUUUCAAGGUUCGUUGGUUGUGAUCUUAUUGUGACCAAAACCCGACGUUAAUAUUCCAAAUAUUUUUGAUAGAUUUCAUCCCUGGACUUCAAUUUCGAUGAGGCAAAAAUACUGUAGAUUCAGAUUAACUUUUGAGGUCGUAAAAGUGCGAUAAAGUGCCGUGUGCUAGCAGAGCUUUCUUUCCCACAUGCCUCUUACCUUGUACAAGACGUUCGCAUGGCAGAUAUUAGCCUUGCUUCGCUUGUUUACUUGCCUUGUUUACUGUAACACGUAUUGCGUGCCUAUUGGACAUUUGCGUCAAAACAAGCCGUUUCCAUUAUUCUAUUUGGGCCACGCCCAAAGAAAUAGUUAUUCAUAACGAAUAAUGUUAAAUAGAUGUACCCUUGGAUAAUGACUGUCCCAGAUUUGAAGUGCCCAGUGAUUUCAGCUUGGCGCUUUCCUUGUGCUCUUAAUUGUUUCAACCCAUAUUUGUCAUUCGUUGCAAUAUCACUGAACAUUCAAGGGUAUGUUGUAUAAAGGUAACCUCCUUGCCAGGGUUCUUCUUACUCAUAUACUUAAUCAAAUCCUUUUUUCUGGCAUCGGUUAAAGCUAAAAUUUAUCCCCAUGAUCUUUUAAAGUUCAGCCAAACACUGUCUGGGCCGAACGUCAAGAUUGUCCAGUUUUUGUGAUAUUUCUAACCUUCAAAAAACGCAUUAAUAAUUCAUAAAGAAAAAGCAAAAAGAAUUAAAUUAAUGUUUAAUGAGUGUCUUUAUAUCUGAUGAAGACACAGCUAAACUUUACCUCCAAUUACUUAGACCUAAAUAACCCCAAAUCUAAAUAUUAGUGCAAGAAUGAGUUGAUCUACGGCAGAGAUUUUGAAGCCGUUCCAAAAAACCUGCAGUCGUGAAUUAUUAGGUUUAAAAUCUGUCGGCUUCGCCUCGAUUUUUUAGAACUGACAAUACACUCCUGCUCGUUUUUUAAACAGUGCUUCGGUGAAAACGUCAUCCCAAAUGCCUCGAGAACGCUUUCAUGGAUCUUGCUCAAACUUCACGAACAUUGCGGCAUGUAUUGAAGGAACAAGCGGCCGAGAGUGAUUGUGUAAGCUCGACUGAUACUGACACUUUGUGGAAGACUGACUGACAGAUGUGUUUUCACACCCAUCACAUUGUACAGUGUAUUUCGGUUACUAACAAGGGCAAAUACAGUUCCUUAAAGGGACUGGUUCACGAUAAUGCGCAUGCGCGCCGUUUGUCUCUUCAGAAUAAAUUUGUCGGGUCAACACUAAAUUCCGAAAUCGCCAUUACCGGUACAAUCAUUGAAAAUCCUUCGUUUUAUUCGGACAUCCGUCGCUUUGGCUGGUCUAUUAUACUUUGGUAGUGGUGAUUAACGUGUGGUUGAGUCGUUUGACUGGUUACGUUUUAAGAAGACGCAAAAAAUAAUGUUUUGAUCAUGGAGGUUCAGAAGAGCAUCGUGGCCGUCCGGCAACAGGACGUUCUCAAGAGUCUCUGGAGAUAGAGAAGCUUAGCCUAUCGAUCUGUUAUGGUUCUAGGAGUAGUGUGUGGCAUACGAAAAGAAUACACGACACUUGGAAAGUGGUUAAAGGCAUGAGUUCGUUCAACUUUGAUUUGAUUUUUUGACUCCGACCUGUAGUUAUACCGCAACAGGCCGCGCGAUCUUCACCGAUCUGGUACGCUUGAAAUGUUCCUUGUAUAUUUGCUUUACGAUCGUAUAUGUUUAAGAAUUGAUGUUUUAAAAAUAAAUUAUUGCCUGAAUAUUCUGUUUAUAAUCUAGUUUCUUUAUGUGUGCUACUCGAUAACAUUUGUUUUGCGGAACACUGACCCGAUGCAACGCGAAUGAAUUUGUUCAUUUGCUGAUAAGCAAUUGAAAUUUAUGCUCAAUUAAGGAUAAUCUUUAUACUCAUACGUUGUGUGUUUUUGUCAGCGGUCAGGCGCUAUUUGUAGGUAUUUCUGGGUUUAUAUAAGGCGAACUAAGAGAACAGUAAUAAGAUGUUUGUUUACAAAUUUUGCCGAUCGGUGACUGUUUUGUUAGCGUGGGUACGACCUCGUAAAAAUACACGUUGGUAAAUGUUUGUUUCAAAGCAGGACAGGGGUGUAAAUCUUAUUCUUAUCGGCUGCAACAAUAUAUCUGAGGAGUAGCAAAGAAUAAACUUGAAUUAUGGGGAUAAAUAAAAUCAAACCAAAUGCCCGGAAAUACUCUCGCGUCGCAAACAAUUAAUUUGAAUUUUGUAAAUUUACGUGCGUGCAUCUAACGCGCUUCCGAUUAGUUGAAAACAAUCAGCUACUGUCAGAACUCACACAUGCGCAUUAUCGUGAACCAGUCCCUUUAAGUCCAGUAUGCACAAGGAUUAAUAAGAGAAUAACACAUUGCAUAAACUGCUAUAGGGCAGCACUGUUUACAGGAACAUUGGUAACUAUUAACAUUUGAUAUACUACAAUGUUCAACAUUGCUUGAGAAAAAAUGAGGUUCAAAGGUCGCAAUAUGUAGCAAUAAACUAUGACCCGGACUCUCCAAGGAGGUUCAUAUCUGGAUGAGGAUUAAACUGCAUAUGUAGAGUCGGAAAAUAUUGUACUAAUUUAUGCAUGGAUGGUAUUUCCAACAAUACACGUCCCUUCACUAUGACUGUUAUGAUACAUAUCUCUAGCAUGAGAAUCAAAUACAUUAUAUCCCUCAGCCUCAAUGCUGUAGAUACCAACACCAAUAAUUGCCAUCGUUAAAAUGAAUGAGUUGUAGUUCAGUGCGAGAUCUCAAUUCAACUUCUUUUAUUUCCUCCACGACACAAUUUUCCUUCUGUACAACUAGCUCAUUACCUUAUCUCGCUGCCAUCAACACUCUAACACAAAACUUGCUGAUAAUGCAAACUCCCGACGCAUAGCAUCGUACAUGUACCGCGUCAAAAUAUACACAAGUAGAUGAAAAAACACAACACGAAAUACAAAAACAAGUACAUUAACCGUCACCCUGCUAAACAAAAUUGAAAUAAUAAAAAAGAAUUGUUGCAGUUAUUACAGUAGUUUCAAAAGAAGCCUCAGGCCCUUUUGGUUUCAAUUGCUGACAAUAGUCUCUUCCUUCAUCGGAACAGAUUUUUAUCACAGGCAACUCGUUGUGUUCCGCAAUGCAAAAGUCAAAAUCACUAUUGUCACACUGAUAACCAGCUACACAAAUCUUGCGACUCUCAAACUUGUUAAACAUUCCUCUGUUCAAACUCAUCCAUUUUACACGUACACUCCUGAUAUUCCGAUUUGUCAUUGCGUCUAUAGGGUCCAUGAGUCUUUGAAGUCAUUGAAUGUCUUCAUAAUUUCCUUUGUGUUUCUUUGAGUUCGCGGACCAGCCCAUUCCGAAAACACUCCGUGUUAUUUUUUAGUGUGGGCCUACCGUGAACAGUGUGUGCAUUUGUAAGUUUAACCUGGUAUAACAUAAUUGAACAAUAUAUUAACACGUUCCUCGAAACGCCGCGGCCAAAUGUUAUCCAAACUGCUUCUUACUUUUGCUUCGAAAAAUUUCGGAUCAAACGAUAUCCAAAUCGUCCCUCAUUGGAUCAUCCACUCGACCGAACAAAAUCGACCAAUCACAAAAUAAGGAAUAGAAAAUGGACAUAAAAUAAAGUAAACAGCAAAUUGAGAUGAUCUCUUAGGAAACAUGCAAUUAAAACUGUCUUUCUAUGAUUGGUGCAUUUCGAUCCUCUCGUCAAAAAAAAAUGUCAGACGCCAAUCACCUCAGUGGACCUCUUAGGAAACGAAAGUUUACUUCAACGGGUUCAAAAGGUCAUUGUUUGUGAUUUGUGAUUGGUGGAUUUCGAUCCGUUUUGUGAGUUUCUGUGUUUCAAGGUUCGUUGGUUGUGAUCUUAUUGUGACCAAAACCCGACGUUAAUAUUCCAAAUAUUUUUGAUAGAUUUCAUCCCUGGACUUCAAUUUCGAUGAGGCAAAAAUACUGUAGAUUCAGAUUAACUUUUGAGGUCGUAAAAGUGCGAUAAAGUGCCGUGUGCUAGCAGAGCUUUCUUUCCCACAUGCCUCUUACCUUGUACAAGACGUUCGCAUGGCAGAUAUUAGCCUUGCUUCGCUUGUUUACUUGCCUUGUUUACUGUAACACGUAUUGCGUGCCUAUUGGACAUUUGCGUCAAAACAAGCCGUUUCCAUUAUUCUAUUUGGGCCACGCCCAAAGAAAUAGUUAUUCAUAACGAAUAAUGUUAAAUAGAUGUACCCUUGGAUAAUGACUGUCCCAGAUUUGAAGUGCCCAGUGAUUUCAGCUUGGCGCUUUCCUUGUGCUCUUAAUUGUUUCAACCCAUAUUUGUCAUUCGUUGCAAUAUCACUGAACAUUCAAGGGUAUGUUGCAUAAAGGUAACCUCCUUGCCAGGGUUCUUCUUACUCAUAUACUUAAUCAAAUCCUUUUUUCUGGCAUCGGUUAAAGCUAAAAUUUAUCCCCAUGAUCUUUUAAAGUUCAGCCGAACACUGUCUGGGCCGAACGUCAAGAUUGUCCAGUUUUUGUGAUAUUUCUAACCUUCAAAAACGCAUUAAUAAUUCAUAAAGAAAAAGCAUAAGAAUUAAAUUAAUGUUUAAUGAGUGUCUUUAUAUCUGAUGAAGACACAGCUAAACUUUACCUCCAAUUACUUAGACCUAAAUAACCCCAAAUCUAAAUAUUAGUGCAAGAAUGAGUUGAUCUACGGCAGAGAUUUUGAAGCCGUUCCAAAAAACCUGCAGUCGUGAAUUAUUAGGUUUAAAAUCUGUCGGCUUCGCCUCGAUUUUUUAGAACUGACAAUACACUCCUGCUCGUUUUUUAAACAGUGCUUCGGUGAAAACGUCAUCCCAAAUGCCUCGAGAACGCUUUCAUGGAUCUUGCUCAAGCUUCACGAACAUUGCGGCAUGUAUUGAAGGAACAAGCGGCCGAGAGUGAUUGUGUAAGCUCGACUGAUACUGACACUUUGUGGAAGACUGACUGACAGAUGUGUUUUCACACCCAUCACAUUGUACAGUGUAUUUCGGUUACUAACAAGGGCAAAUACAGUUCCUUAAAGGGACUGGUUCACGAUAAUGCGCAUGCGCGCCGUUUGUCUCUUCAGAAUAAAUUUGUCGGGUCAACACUAAAUCCGAAAUCGCCAUUACCGGUACAAUCAUUGAAAAUCCUUCGUUUUAUUCGGACAUCCGUCGCUUUGGCUGGUCUAUUAUACUUUGGUAGUGGUGAUUAACGUGUGGUUGUGUCGUUUGACUGGUUACGUUUUAAGAAGACGCAAAAAAUAAUGUUUUGAUCAUGGAGGUUCAGAAGAGCAUCGUGGCCGUCCGGCAACAGGACGUUCUCAAGAGUCUCUGGAGAUAGAGAAGCUUAGCCUAUCGAUCUGUUAUGGUUCUAGGAGUAGUGUGUGGCAUACGAAAAGAAUACACGACACUUGGAAAGUGGUUAAAGGCAUGAGUUCGUUCAACUUUGAUUUGAUUUUUGACUCCGACCUGUAGUUAUACCGCAACAGGCCGCGCGAUCUUCACCGAUCUGGUACGCUUGAAAUGUUCCUUGUAUAUUUGCUUUACGAUCGUAUAUGUUUAAGAAUUGAUGUUUUAAAAAUAAAUUAUUGCCUGAAUAUUCUGUUUAUAAUCUAGUUUCUUUAUGUGUGCUACUCGAUAACAUUUGUUUUGCGGAACACUGACCCGAUGCAACGCGAAUGAAUUUGUUCAUUUGCUGAUAAGCAAUUGAAAUUUAUGCUCAAUUAAGGAUAAUCUUUAUACUCAUACGUUGUGUGUUUUUGUCAGCGGUCAGGCGCUAUUUGUAGGUAUUUCUGGGUUUAUAUAAGGCGAACUAAGAGAACAGUAAUAAGAUGUUUGUUUACAAAUUUUGCCGAUCGGUGACUGUUUUGUUAGCGUGGGUACGACCUCGUAAAAAUACACGUUGGUAAAUGUUUGUUUCAAAGCAGGACAGGGGUGUAAAUCUUAUUCUUAUCGGCUGCAACAAUAUAUCUGAGGAGUAGCAAAGAAUAAACUUGAAUUAUGGGGAUAAAUAAAAUCAAACCAAAUGCCCGGAAAUACUCUCGCGUCGCAAACAAUUAAUUUGAAUUUUGUAAAUUUACGUGCGUGCAUCUAACGCGCUUCCGAUUAGUUGAAAAACAAUCAGCUACUGUCAGAACUCACACAUGCGCAUUAUCGUGAACCAGUCCCUUUAAGUCCAGUAUGCACAAGGAUUAAUAAGAGAAUAACACAUUGCAUAAACUGCUAUAGGGCAGCACUGUUUACAGGAACAUUGGUAACUAUUAACAUUUGAUAUACUACAAUGUUCAACAUUGCUUGAGAAAAAAUGAGGUUCAAAGGUCGCAAUAUGUAGCAAUAAACUAUGACCCGGACUCUCCAAGGAGGUUCAUAUCUGGAUGAGGAUUAAACUGCAUAUGUAGAGUCGGAAAAUAUUGUACUAAUUUAUGCAUGGAUGGUAUCUCCAACAAUACACGUCCCUUCACUAUGACUGUUAUGAUACAUAUCUCUAGCAUGAGAAUCAAAUACAUUAUAUCCCUCAGCCUCAAUGCUGUAGAUACCAACACCAAUAAUUGCCAUCGUUAAAAUGAAUGAGUUGUAGUUCAGUGCGAGAUCUCAAUUCAACUUCUUUUAUUUCCUCCACGACACAAUUUUCCUUCUGUACAACUAGCUCAUUACCUUAUCUCGCUGCCAUCAACACUCUAACACAAAACUUGCUGAUAAUGCAAACUCCCGACGCAUAGCAUCGUACAUGUACCGCGUCAAAAUAUACACAAGUAGAUGAAAAAACACAACACGAAAUACAAAAACAAGUACAUUAACCGUCACCCUGCUAAACAAAAUUGAAAUAAUAAAAAGAAUUGUUGCAGUUAUUACAGUAGUUUCAAAAGAAGCCUCAGGCCCUUUUGGUUUCAAUUGCUGACAAUAGUCUCUUCCUUCAUCGGAACAGAUUUUUAUCACAGGCAACUCGUUGUGUUCCGCAAUGCAAAAGUCAAAAUCACUAUUGUCACACUGAUAACCAGCUACACAAAUCUUGCGACUCUCAAACUUGUUAAACAUUCCUCUGUUCAAACUCAUCCAUUUUACACGUACACUCCUGAUAUUCCGAUUUGUCAUUGCGUCUAUAGGGUCCAUGAGUCUUUGAAGUCAUUGAAUGUCUUCAUAAUUUCCUUUGUGUUUCUUUGAGUUCGCGGACCAGCCCAUUCCGAAAACACUCCGUGUUAUUUUUUAGUGUGGGCCUACCGUGAACAGUGUGUGCAUUUGUAAGUUUAACCUGGUAUAACAUAAUUGAACAAUAUAUUAACACGUUCCUCGAAACGCCGCGGCCAAAUGUUAUCCAAACUGCUUCUUACUUUUGCUUCGAAAAAUUUCGGAUCAAACGAUAUCCAAAUCGUCCCUCAUUGGAUCAUCCACUCGACCGAACAAAAUCGACCAAUCACAAAAUAAGGAAUAGAAAAUGGACAUAAAAUAAAGUAAACAGCAAAUUGAGAUGAUCUCUUAGGAAACAUGCAAUUAAAACUGUCUUUCUAUGAUUGGUGCAUUUCGAUCCUCUCGUCAAAAAAAUGUCAGACGCCAAUCACCUCAGUGGACCUCUUAGGAAACGAAAGUUUACUUCAACGGGUUCAAAAGGUCAUUGUUUGUGAUUUGUGAUUGGUGGAUUUCGAUCCGUUUUGUGAGUUUCUGUGUUUCAAGGUUCGUUGGUUGUGAUCUUAUUGUGACCAAAACCCGACGUUAAUAUUCCAAAUAUUUUUGAUAGAUUUCAUCCCUGGACUUCAAUUUCGAUGAGGCAAAAAUACUGUAGAUUCAGAUUAACUUUUGAGGUCGUAAAAGUGCGAUAAAGUGCCGUGUGCUAGCAGAGCUUUCUUUCCCACAUGCCUCUUACCUUGUACAAGACGUUCGCAUGGCAGAUAUUAGCCUUGCUUCGCUUGUUUACUUGCCUUGUUUACUGUAGCACCUAUUGCGUGCCUAUUGCACAUUUGCGUCAAAACGAGCCGUUUCCAUUACUCUAUUUGGGCCACGCCCAAAUAAAUAGUUAUUCAUAACGAAUAAUGUUAAAUAGAUGUACCCUUGGAUAAUGACUGUCCCAGAUUUGAAGUGCCCAGUGAUUUCAGCUUGGCGCUUUCCUUGUGCUCUUAAUUGUUUCAACCCAUAUUUGUCAUUCGUUGCAAUAUCACUGAACAUUCAAGAGUAUGUUGCAUAAAGGUAACCUCCUUGCCAGGGUUCUUCUUACUCAUAUACUUAAUCAAAUCCUUUUUUCUGGCAUCGGUUAAAGCUAAAAUUUAUCCCCAUGAUCUUUUAAAGUUCAGCCGAACACUGUCUGGGCCGAACGUCAAGAUUGUCCAGUUUUUGUGAUAUUUCUAACCUUCAAAAACGCAUUAAUAAUUCAUAAAGAAAAAGCAAAAGAAUUAAAUUAACGUUUAAUGAGUGUCUUUAUAUCUGAUGAAGACACAGCUAAACUUUACCUCCAAUUACUUAGACCUAAAUAACCCCAAAUCUAAAUAUUAGUGCAAGAAUGAGUUGAUCUACGGCAGAGAUUUUGAAGCCGUUCCAAAAAACCUGCAGUCGUGAAUUAUUAGGUUUAAAAUCUGUCGGCUUCGCCUCGAUUUUUUAAAACUGACAAUACACUCCUGCUCGUUUUUUAAACAGUGCUUCGGUGAAAACGUCAUCCCAAGUGUCUCGAGAACGCUUUCAUGGAUCUUGCUCAAACUUCACGAACAUUGCGGCAUGUAUUGAAGGAACAAGCGAUCGAGAGUGAUUGUGUAAAAAAACUCCCAGUGCCGAGAAAUAUGACUGCAAGUUAAGUAAAUGGUGACGUUAUUUUGUUGCCAUAACAAGCCUGAAGUCAACAUAACUUUUUUCAUGACAAUUUUCAUCCUUGUCUGUGAGAAUCGUUUUUCCAUAUCUUUAUUUAAUGUUAAUGGGGACGUAGUUAAUGCUCAAACUUGGGACGUAUUGACCCUGAAUCAUCCAAUCAAGCCACCUCAUGGUGCAACCAAUGGAGUUACUACAGUAAAAAGCUAGAUUGAAUUUUUUUGUGUUUGACAAACACUUUCGAAAAUUAUAAUUUGUUAAUGCAUGCAGUUGCUUUUUCUAUGUCACGGUUUUGGUCACACUCCGGGAUCAGACUGGUCAAAAUGUUGAAAGGUGAAUUCAUGUCUGUAAAAACUGAAACCAUUUAGAAAUUUGUUUGCCGGCAUCAGUAAAGAGACUUUGUCAUUUCAGUUAACUUUUAAAAUUAUAGUCGUACUAAGAAUCGUGAUGCACACGCAGAGCUGUUGUUUUGCUCAUAAAACGUAUUGUUUUUUGACGUUUUUGUGGUGGUCGUCUUCGUGGUUGCUUCGCUUUUAGGUCUGGCUAAAUCUAUAUAUUAAUGUAGCUAUUAGUUAUUAAUAGGAACAAACAUGUAAGUUUUUCACAUUGUUGCUCGUUUCUUAUCAAGCCGAGGCAACACAGCAUAUACGCUUUUUAGACAUUUACACUCAUUAUUUGUCUAAGUCUGUCUCCGCUCUACGAUUUGUCACUUUGUGGUCCAUAACUUAUUGUAGCACUAGUAACAAACUGUUAUGUCUACCAAACGUCAUGCAUGGAGUGCCGCAGGGCUCCUUCCUUGGCCCAUGGUUAUUUAAUUUGUACAAAAAUGAUCCCCCGUCUGUCAGCACCACCAGCAAUGAUGGAUUAUUCUAAGCUCUUCUUAGCAUUAAUUUUCUAACAAAGAUAUUGAUGCCGGUCUCGAGGCUCUUCAACGUGAUAUGCAACGCGUAGCUUUAUGGUGCUGCGCUAACCAUCUGUCCGUAAAUCCGGAUAAAACGAAGUUCUGUGUUUUUGGCACCUCAAAAAUGCUGCCAAGAACGCCGGUACCCUUUUUUUGUUUUCCUAUGUAAAGAUCUUGCCCCAGUAGAUACAGUUAAAGACCUGGAUGUGGUUAAUCAAUAAGCACCUUUCGUUUAGCUACAAUAUACAAUUGCAUUAGUCUUAGACCUUUUUGGAAAGCUCUGCGCCAUCAGUAGAAUUCGCCACGUGUUGGACCUCCCCUCCUUAAUGCUUACUGUAAAUGCGAGUGUUUUCAGCAAAUUAUUGUUUUGGUCUUCAAUUUGGGUAGGGGCAAGCAACGGAAACAUUGUCUGGCUUCAAUUAGUUCAAACUUUAUCUGGUAAAAGGAAAUUUGAGCACAUAACUCCCACACUCAAACAACUUAGAUUCUUGCCAGUGUCAGUUCUUCUCAAUUUCAGGGAUGCUGUCUUAUUGUAAAAAUCUAUUAAUGGCCUAGCUCCGUCAUACCUACAGCAAUUAGUUGUAAAGAUGUGACAUUCCCAACAGGCUUACACGUAAUGUUCAGUGUCAAACUUGCCCUCCCUUUUCCAGUUUAAAUCUUCACUCAGCAUUUUUACUGGAAAAGUGGCUCGAGGGUGAAUAUUAAGUAUUGACAGCAUUUUAGCUAGUUAUCUUUAUUUCUUAUCUCUUCAUGUAAAUUUUUAUACCUUAUUGUAAUUUUAAUAGUCUUAUUGUAAUUAUAAUAGUUGUAAAUUGAUUCUGAUAAGCCCUUUGUUGGAGAAUCAAUAAAGUCUUUUGUAUUUGUAGCAAUGUCAAAUGCUCAUUUUGUAUUCGUUCUGCCAAAUUUCGACCUCUACGUAUUUUGAGAACGAAGCUGAUGAAGAAACUGACUUGUAAUCUGAACGAAGAAGAAUAUCCUGGUCGGCGAAGUGAUCGAAGAUUUUAUCAUAGGACGUCACAGUCAAGAAGACGAGAAUGGACUGGUAGAGAUUCCAGCCGUUUUGCUAAGUAAAAAAGUGAUUCUGUCGACAAUGAUGACGAACUUACUUUGAAAAGCUUCUUUGCCAUUGGCAUUAUCUAUUCUUUUUUCAAAGACAAACGAAAGAAUGAGGAUGGACUGCGAGCCAGACACAGUGUCCACUUUCAGUUUUCAAAAAACUCUAUCGUUACAUUGGCGAGCUAACAAUAAAAGUGCUCUUAGUUUUCUGCGAACAAAUCUUUCAACAUAAUGCAUUUGCAUUUUGAUUUCACUUUCAAUCUAAAGUCUUUAUGAUGUGUAAUUGUUUUCGUGAGCUAAUGAAAACUUUCUUUUCGUGUCACCUGCCAAGUGACUGUCAAAUCGCUUGUCCUGCACUUGUUUCCGGUCUCCCAAACAGGAAGCGAUAUAUUACACGUCAUAUUUUAGCCUCUAUUUCUCUGUCCGUACUUUAAAGUAUGGAUCCUCUUUAUCUUCCCAUCGUUUUAUGACCCGCGGGCUUAGCACCUGGGACCAGUUGUUAGAAGGCCGAUUAGCCCUAACGCACUGUUAAAUUUUAACCCUGGUCUCUUUUUCUUAUAUUAUCAUCAAAGACAUUUUCUUGGACAAUUUUCUCUAAUCUUUUUAGAGUAGUCAAUCAUCAAAUUGUACACAAAAAGAGUUAAACUGAAUUUGCUUUUUAAGCUUUCAUAUCUGAAUUCAAAUUUCGCACUAACCCUGGGUUAUCUUAAUCCAGCUUUGAACAACCCGGCCCUGGGCUAUAAAUCGAUGGGAAAAAAACUUGGUCUGUGAUUUACAGAAAGGGAGCUAAUAAGCGGUAUUUAUAUUAUUUGUAGGUGUUAGUGAGAAAAGUUUUCCCUCAGAAAAUCGGAAAUCAACAUGCGUUUUAUGAUGAUUUUUACACAGGUUGCUGGUUGUCAUAAGAUAACGAAAUAUGCCAGAAAAAGAAGAAAAAAUAUUAUUGGGCAACGUUAACAAGACUGCAAAGAAGCCAUUUGAAAAGUGGAAAAAGGAACCAAAAAAGCCAGGUAGCUGAUGUGUACAUGUAGUUUGUAUUAGGUUUUUGACUUGACCCCCAGGCAGUUUAAGAGUGCAAUAAAUAAUUUCGGCCUGGGCAACAACAUGCUGACACUGCUAACAGUGUAAUUAGGAACUAAAAUUGUAUUCCUCUGUUUAACUUAGUUUUCGGGGUUAUUAUUAAGAUUGAUGAACCAUUUUAAAACUCUACAGUUCUAGGGAUCUCUGGAGAGACUCUGCUCCAGUGUUCUACAAUCCUGGUCAAACCGUUUGGGACACUAUAGUAUCAGGUGAGGAAAAUGCAAUUCAAGUUGACUCCCCUCCCCCGUGGACAGUGUUGGGUGUUACACGUUAAUUGUUGAGGGGGGUGGGUAAAAAAUCUUGUUAAGGCCGUUUUUAUGACUUUGUGUUGCCGGUUCGCUGCAAAUUACAUUCAAAAACACGUGAAAAAGGGGAGGUGUCUCAAAACCUUUUGGCCAGGAUUGUAUCUGCCAUUCAGACAUUUUGUUGCUCAGUGUUUAUAUUUGUUGUUUUGUAUUUUGUAAGGUUACAACAACUGUUCGAAAAUCGCAUUCCAACUUUCACAGCUAUGCAUAAAUCAAGGUUGGAAUGAUACUUUUGAGGCAGCUGGUAUCUUUAGGGAUAUGAGGGGGCAUUCUGGUUCACGGUUUUUGGGGGAAUUGGGGUACAUUUGAGCAGGAUAGAAGUUGGUUCAGAGGCACCUUGUUUUGGUUGUGGACUAUCUCAGUGGUAUUUGUCUACUAACUAUUCCCUAGCUAUUUUGACUUUCACAACCCCUUAAUCCACUGUAUCCCUGUUUUCCACAAGUUUAAACAUCCCUCCAACUUUUAUUCAUUUAAAACAUUAAAAAGGGUCAUGGAACAACUCUCAUACACUUUUUUUUUUAGCAAUGACCACGACCUUAUGGAGCCAUUUUUUGAUUGAAUGAAAUGUUGGCUAGAUUUGAAAGAAAAGGGGCAGAAUUAAAGAAAAACAAAGCUGUUAAUCUGAAUUCCCUCUUAAUAUGUAAAGCGUGUGAAGCGAGUGACAUAUUCGUCUGUAAAAAAGCCAGAUUAUAUUUUACACUGAGCAACUUUCAAGCAAUCAACUUUAUUACUAUCUGUGCCGUUAACUAGAUUUCUCACCUCUAAGAUGUUUUUACGUGUAAUUAAGGGAUGUUUUUGUUGCUCUCUCGACAACGUGUGUAGCAACGCUGAGCAAGUUGAUCGUUUCCAAGACUUCUUGGCAUUACCAACCUUGGAAACACGCUUCAUGAUUAUCUCAAUACAUCUGCUAACAUAUGACUUACCAUGUUUAAUGUUUAAUUACAGAUAUUUGACAACUUUGAUAUUAGGCAAUGGCAUCUGCUUUACAGAUAACUCAAACACUCGUAGAUGAUGACCGAGUGUAUGGAACUCGCAAAGUGCAAGUCGCCAUUUUGGCUUCUGAAUGGGGAUCAAGCAAAGGAGGGCUUUCUACAAUAAGCAGAGAAUUAGCCAUUCAGUUAGCAAAAUGCCCUGAAGUGGAAAUCACUUUCUUUUUACCACAAUGCAGUCAAGAGGACAGGAGAAUUGCCCUGGAACAUAAUGUAAAAAUCGUGGAGGCAAAGCCACGGCCUGGCUUUGAUCAACUGGAUUGGCUUUGCUUUCCGCCUAAAGAUUUGCAAAUCGACAUUAUUUUUGGCAAUGGAGUUAAACUCGGUAAACAAGCACAAGUCAUUAAAGACCUUAAAGACUGCAAAUGGGUUCAAGUAGUACACUCAGACCCUGAGGAACUUGGGAUGUUUAAAAACUAUUCCAACCCAAUCUCAAAGGGUGAAGAAAAGCACAAGACCGAAGUAGAACUUUGUGAAAUGGCUGAUCUUGUUGUAGGAGUUGGACCCAAGUUGAGCGAGGCCUUUCGCUCCUAUCUUCGUGGCUGUCAAAAAGAUGAUGAUGUUCUUGACCUCACUCCUGGAGUAUUUGAAGCGUUUGAGACCGUGAGGCAGGUUCCUAGCGAAAGGCACCAAUUCAGUGUCUUGGUUUUUGGGCGUGGUGACGAAGAAGAUUUUAAAUUAAAGGGAUUUGACAUCGCUGGGAAAGCGGUUGCUGCAUUACAAGAUACUCGUCUUGUGUUUGUUGGAGCUCCAGAUGGAAAACAUGAAGAAAUUGCUGAACGGUUAACCGAAUAUGGUCUUCCUGCAAGCCGCUUGAGAGUAAGAGGAUUUGUUCACGAGCGAGAGAGUUUGAGGCGCUUAUUUCAAGAAGUUGAUCUUGUAGUUAUGCCUUCAAGGACAGAAGGUUUUGGGUUGACAGGACUUGAGGCCUUGUCAGCUGGUCUUCCCGUGCUUGUCAGUCAGAACUCAGGUUUUGGAGAAGCUCUGUGCAGUGUACCAUUUGGUUCAAUAUUUGUGAUUAAUUCGGAGGACCCUGGAGACUGGACCUCAGCGAUAAAGAAAAUCUGGGCUAAGGACAGAAAAAGCCGACUAGAGGAAGCGGAAGCCUUGCGUUUUAGUUAUGGCAGGAAAUACGACUGGGGAAAGCAGUUGAAAGAUCUUAUUAAGAAGAUGAUGAGCUGGACUCACGGUAUGAUUAAGGCUGAUUUUCAGCAUGAUUGCUAUUUGUGAAACUGAGUUUACUUCAUGACAUAAUCUAGAGGAAAAAAUAGAAAGUUAACCGGAAAACUGAAAAGACGUAAACAAAAUAUGAUAUUGACAUUUACUGACGUAUUUUGUCCUGAAAAGUGAGAAAAAUUGGCGGCAACAAUUUCCUUUUAUGAUAAAUAAUAUUGUUUUAUAACUGAGAUGUAGUUCCAGUUGAGACCCGGCUAACAGCUGCUGUGUUUAUUAGAAACCUACAAUACAUGUCACAUUAAUUUGGGACAUCCCUUGCAGCACCCAUAUUGCGACAUAUAGCUGUGCUCCUUCUUCCUUCUUCCCUUCCAGUGUUGAAUUUUUUUCCUUCUGUGGUGCCAACUCGCGAAAUCCAACAUGGAUAAGUGGAAAAUAUCACGAGUAUUAUAGGUUGUGUCUUGAAAUCAAAUGCAAAUGAACAGAGACGAUGGACUACAUGUAUAAAUAGAGCGUUUUCACACGAUGACAUGGCGGCCAUUGUUGUUCCAAAACAAUGAAAUGGCGGCCAUGUUGGUGUUCCAAUCCAGGCAUUUAUUUUAACUGACGCGUUGUUAACUUGUUACUGGGAUUCGACUGUACUUGGCAGUGAAUCACAUGUGUGGCCUUACAUACAUAUGGAAUAUUACAUACAUAUGGCGUUACAUACAUAUAUAUACACAUCGCAUCUCCGAAGCAAGAGAGAGAACCCUGGGAACGAGGUUGAGAUAAAUGUAUGUACUGCAUCACGUUUUAUCUGAUGGGAGGAAGCAUCUGUGAACAGGCUAGUGUUAUUGCUUAAUCUCCAAAUUAGAAAGACGUGUUAAGUAUAAUUAGAGUGCUUGGUUAGUGACAUAAACAGGAAUGGCAAAUGUAAUUUCAACAGUUUUAUUUAUUAACAGCUCGCCUUCGACUGUCGAUUGACUGUAAAGAAAUUGUUGGUCUUGGUCCUCAAGGUGGACCCACAAGGAUGAAAGCCCAGGAAACCGCGUGUUUAUCGUUCACCUCAGGUCAAAGGCAAACUGUUGCCACAGCAGGUCCACCAAAGGAAAGGACUUCGGUGGUGUCGGCCCUUGUUGAAUCUCAGGAAGAUGUCCAGAGGGUAGCAGUAGUAUCUGGCUCUUCAGGAACACCUCGAGAGGAGGUUUCCUCUGGUUCUCGGCGGGAAGAUGUCGAAAGUGGAGCUAUUCCCUCCCCACAGGACGUUCUGAGUUUAAUUUCGUCAAAGUACUUACGGAAACUUGAUCCAUCAACACCGGAAGAGUUUAACGGGUUUCUUCAUUAUAUGGAAAGGAUGCGUAAAGCUGUUAUUGUAGAUGUUGGUACUGGAAGUUUGAUAGUCACUAUAGAAUGUGGCUCUCUUGAAAUCCUUGAAGGAUUGUGGAAAGACUACAUCGCAGGUUGCCUUAAUGAAAUGGCACAGAGAUUCCUUGUGACAGAGGAAAUUCUCGAGGAACUUGGUCUAGCUGAAGUUAAACUCACGACAACUAUCAAAGAGGAGGAAUACAGAGCUUGCCAUGAACUUCUCACGAAAAUUGCAGGUAUUGUUUUAACAUUCAUGUCUUUACCCAACAAAAGUCACAGUAGUCACACCAAAAAAAAGUACAAAUAUCGCAUUCAACCUAAGCGCAGUACUUAGAAAAACGAAUUUGAGUAUAAGAUGGUACCUAAGUUGUAAUGACAGGGUUCGCAUGCACCUUGAAAGUCCUUGAAAAUUGCAGUCGGCGCUGGGAUGUCCUUGAAUUUCAAUGCUUGACUUCAUAGUUUAAGAAGAACUGCAAAGGAAAAGGGGAAAACACAGAAAGACCUUCGCGAUAAAAUUCCUCCUCAUGUGGAAGAACACUAAAACAGGUAUAGAGGAAUGCCGUGUAAACUUUGUUAGUCUCCAUGACUCUUUCCCAGUGGCAACUAAUUUGGAUAUGGAAAAUCAGUUUAUUUACAAUGUUAAGGAGCCAAAAAGCGAUGAUGAAGCUGUUAAUAAAAAAUGUGUGGAUGACAAAUUAGACAGCAAAGUAGACAAGCGUAUUGUACAAAAUGUAAUGAGACAUUCUUUACAAAGCUGAUUAAAGAGAUCUUGAUAAUUAUUUGAAAAGAGAUGGUUCUCAGAGUAUGACAGGUGAUGUUGACGUGAACAACAAACAAAUUACAAAUUUAGGUCUCAACAUACAAAAUUCCAACGAUGUCAUCUACUUGGGAUUCGCCGACACGAAAUACGUUCAAAAAACAGCCAUUGAAAAAUUAAACAUGAAUAAUCACACCAUCGAUAAUUUACGGGAUCCCACUGGUAUGCGUCAGGCGACACAAAAAAUACGUCGACGAACAAAAAAAAUAUGCAUGGACAAACAAAUAGAACCAAGUCAUAAAACAAAUCAGUCUGAUUAUUUAUACGUUGGAAUGGUCUGAUGUCGGUCGAGGAGGUAAUAGUUUUAACAUGGUAAAGAUUGGUGGUCUAUCGCCAGAUAAAAGAAAUUUUCACUAUUAUAAUCACAAAGGAAUUUACACAACGAUUAACAAAAAUGGUCUUGGUGGUUACAAAUACAAAAUGGAAAUUCAAUGUUUUCCUUCAGUAAAAAUUAUUGAUUACACUUUGUGUAUUGAAAUCUUGAAUGUUGAUUAUCAACUUUGGCAUAAAUCGAGGAUUUCAAAGCAACAUCCGAAGGAUAAACUAUUGGAAAUGCAGCGAUGAAAAAAUUCUCUCGCAGAUAUAUCAAUUCAAGCAACAAUGUGGAAUUUUUGUAUUUCCACAGGACCAUAGUUAAUUUUAGGAAAACUGCGGCAGAUCCACUAUAUCAACUUCAUUUGCUAGUCGAUAUCCCCCAAGAUGGGAACGAUUUAUAGACUUAUGCACAAAAUUUUACAGAAAAUUACAUCGUCAAUUAUGGUGUAAUCGGGAGUGUGAGUGAUAUUGACGCCGAAAACAUUUAGGAGUAUCCCACCGCUUACAACAUUAAACCCACAAAAAUGAAAAUGAAUGUACCUUUGGACUUGAAUGAGGGGCACCCAACGAGAAUAUGGUUCAAAAUCACUUAAAUUUAGCAUUGUUAAACAUCCGAUAGAUAUAGGCAUAUUUUUAUCCCCUAAAAAUUUUCCAUCUGUUCGGAUUUCCUAGCUGAAAGUCUAGUGAUCCGAACAUUAUAAGGAUCGAAACUUACCUUUUCGAAAAUUUCAGCCAGAAAAAAGGCUCCCGAAAAUUCUAGGUGACCUUUUUAGGGUAAAAAUCCGUUAAAAAUGGGCAAUUAUACCAUUUUUUAGAUGUUCGAAAAUCCUAGGAGAGGCAGGCAAGCAAGAAAUUUUACAACAAAUGUUCCGAAAAUUCUAGAUCUCCAAUCGUCUUCCGAACAGAUAUUUUCCGAAAAUUGACGUUGGGUGCCCCUGUUGAAUUGGGGAAGAAUUAUCAACUCCCCUUCCAUAAAGCCACCAAUGCUUGCUUUUCCUGGCAAGUAUCUCAAAAAUAGUGACGACAAAUACGUAUUUUUUGGAGGAACGGACGUUAUAAUAACCUCUUUUAAAUGCAAAUUUGCAAAGCUCUAUUUUCACACUUCAGAGUUAGGGUUUACGGACAAUUUUGGUUUAUCAUAGACAGCCUUAAUACUGCUACUCAUGAUCAACACUCAAGAGCAUACAGUUACACAGGAAAGAAUUGGUCAUAUCAGGUUAUUUCCCCAAAUUUAGUUAUCUGAUUCGAAAAUGUAGUAAGAAUAGCGCUUAGAAAUGAAGACCACCAAAAAAAGGCCCAGUAAGUAACGGUAAUAUUAUGUUAUUGUUCGAAGUGACGGCGUAAGCGUACUGUUUAUGUCAAAUUACAGCUUUUAUAGGGUUAAAAAAUAUAAACCUUUUAUAUAUGAUAAAGAAAAAAGACAUUUUCAUUUCAACCACAUCGAUCCUACUAUCAACAAAGAAAAGUUAUCAGAAAUCAAAGCAUUGUAUAAAUUAUCUCAUAACAGGUUCUGGUCUUAUAAAAUGGCUUUCAAAUAUUUCAAGCGAUUGAAUUUAGCCAUAAACAUUGGAUCAACAUCUUUAGGCGUUAUUGGUACGAACACCGGCGGUAUUGCAUUAAAUCCUGUUGUGUUAGGAACGAUUUCGGGUGCGGGUGUAGUGUUCAAAACAUUCAGUGAAAUCAAGAGUUAUAAAAGGAAAAUAGAAAUGUGCACAGUUAACUUACAGUACAUACCAGAAGACAUUGACGGAUUUACGGGCUUGUCUGCGAGGUGGAGAAUUCCUCUAGUUUUUCAUUACAAAAUGAGCAUUCACUAUAUUCUUUUUUGUAUUCAUCAUGAAUCUCUUUACAACUCAUUCUAAAUAUUAUUAGUAAACAUUAUUUUUUUAACACAUUAACGAAGCAAAUUACGGAAAAGUCAUUACGUCACGCCACAGCUGUGGCGUUCUCAAAAAACGAAAGCAAAACAAUUAUAGACAAACUAUAAUAUAACUGGAAUAUAUAAUGAGCGACACAGCUGUGUCGUGACGUCAUGGUUAACAUUACUGAAACCCAUACUUGGAAUAUAUAAUGAGCGACACAGCUGUGUCGUGACCUCUUGGUUAACAUUACUGAAACCCAUACUUGGAAUAUAUAAUGAGCGACACAGCUGUGUCGUGACCUCUUGGUUAACAUUACUGAAACCCAUACUUGGAAUAUAUAUAAUGAGCGACACAGCUGUGUCGACGUCAAAUUAUUCAGGAAUUAAUAUUAUUAGGUUGGCCGGUACAAUGCCAUAUAUCCUAAGACCUAAUAAUUAAUAAAAAUUUAUUCACUUGAUAUAGCGCCUUUUAACAUUAAAAUGACCAAAAGCGCUUUACAUGAAUUUAAAAAUAUAUAUACAAAAACAAUAACUAUAGUGAAUUGUAAGAAAUAUAUCUAUAAAACCUAAUGCAAAAAAUACACAAUUGACCACCCCAAGAAAAGUUACUCGUUGUAAAGCUAAAUUAAAAAGAGGUGUCUUAAGGUUUUUCUUAAAAAUGCUGAGUGAUGUUAUUUCCCGAACAUUUGCUGGAGGGCUGUUCCACAGUGUCGGGGCAGCCGCAUAAAAUGAACGAGCUCCUAAUGUAGAUAACAUGCGCUCCUUAGGACGGUCCAAAAAUAGAUGCGGUAAAACAGAGGUAGCCAGUGAAGGUUAUAUAAAGCUGGUGUGAUAUGGUCAUACUUUCUAGUGUUGGUUUUUAAUCUGGCUGCAGCGUUCUGUAGUCGAUGUAGUUUACUUAUAUGAUAUUUGGGAAGGCCAUAAAGUAGGCUUUUCUGGACGUAACGAAAGCAUGAACUAAUGUUUUAAGGGAUUCUUGUGAAAGGUAUUUAGAAAUUCUACAAAUAUUGUGAAUAUGGUAAAAAGCGGUCUUGCAAACUUGAUUUAUAUGAGUAUCCAUACUAAUUGAAUUGUCAAAUAUCGUUCCCAAAUUCCUUACGUUGACCGAAGGAUCAAUCUUAUGAUCACCGACAUGAAGUACUGUUGGAUUUAAUUUAUUUAACUGCUGACGAGUUACAAUAACUAGACAUUCAGUUUUAUCAUAAUUGAGUAACAGACGUCCUUCAAUAAGCCAGUUCCUUAUAUCUUUAAUACAAUCCUCCACUGCGCGAAUGGCCUCAUCCUGGGCGUUAGCAUCAUCGGGCUUGAAACUCACGUAUUGCUGGGUAUCAUCCGCUUAACAAUGAGCCUCGGCGAGAUGACGUUCGAUAACCUUGAACAGCGUAGAAGUGUACAUAACAAAAAAUAGAGGACCUAAACAGGACCCCUGAGGUACACCACUACGUUGAUUAGACAGAGAUCCAUCAAUACAGACUUGUUGGCUUCGAUUAGAGAGAUAUGAGCGAAACCAGUUGAGCGUAACACCGCGCAUUCCAAUGUCCUUGUCAAGUCUCUCCAACAGAAUAUCGUGAUUGACAGUGUCAAAAGCCGCGCUGAGAUCAAGCAACACAAUGAGUGUGACUUGUUGAGAGUUCCUGUUCAGUAGAACAUCAUUCAUCACUUUCAACAAGUAACACAUUCACAGUGUCUUUUAUGUGUCCACGGUAGUGCUGCCACUCUAUGAUUUUUAAUAUACUUCACAAUGGGGUCACGAUGCUUUACAAACCAUAAAAAUGGCAACUUACACCUCAAUACCUUCUUGUAAGGAGAAAAAAGUUGUCGCGCUCGUGUCUGUUUAACUUUACAACGAGAAUUAACCCAAUCGUCGAAGCUACCAAAUACUCACUUCAUUCUCUUCUCCUCUUGAAACUUGUGAAACGCUUUACUCAACCACGCAACAUAGGCAAACGCAUACUGAACAACAUAGUUUUCGACAGCCUUAAAGCAGUCAUCACAAUGUUUGAUAUAGUUUCCAUACACAGCUAAGGAGACUUCACGUUCUGGUAAUACACGUGGAACAUCAAAAUGAACUCUCUCGCCUCUAAAGUAAUUUUCUUUCAUUUGGUAAAUAAGCUCCGCACCAUCACACUCAAGUUCAACCGCCGAUCGUUUCUUUCGAUUUGGUUCUGGAGGUUCUUCAAAUAAUAGUUGCGGAACCCUCGGUGAUCCAUAUGUAUCAGGUCAAUCUUGUCGUGAUUAAAUACAAUAGACUUCUAGAACAUUCUGAUGACUCAUUUCCUCGGGAAAAUUCUCUUUUACAUUACAUCAUUGAGUUCCUGUUUUGCUGAGAAUGUCAGGCUAUGGUGAUUCUUUCCUGUUUUAUUUGAUUAUGAGAAUAUUUAAACGUACUUCAAAUUUGGAAAACAUAUAGUCUGUAUAAAUUUGUGGAAACCAUAAAAGUUAGCCAUUAGAUGGCAAGUAGUAUGGAGUUGGCUUGGCACGAGAUCAGUCUUGCAAGACUGAUCUCGAACCGCCAACUCACAUACUACUCUUAUUAGGGUUACUAUCAGUGUCUCCAUAUCAUUAUACUGUACUCUUUUAUUAUGGCUGAUCCUAGCAAUAUGUAGGACGUGUCACAUAUGAAUCUAGUAGGUGUCUUAGUACCGUUACCAUCAGUGUCUCUGUAUCAUUAUACAGUACUAUUUUAUCAUAUCUGAUCCUAGCAGUAUGGAGGACGUGUAUCACAUAUAAACCUAACAAAUGGCUUAGUAGCCUUACCAUUAGUGUCUCUUUAACAAUUAUUCCACGAGGGCGCGUUGGAUAUGAGAUGAUAGAUAGCCAACGAGGCGCGUAGCGCCAAGUUGGCUAUAAUCAUCUCAUAUCCAACAAGCGCACGUGGAAUAAUUGUUUUAUUAAAAACGCCCACAAAAUCUCGUUGAAUCGCCCCGACUAGAACAAGCCGGAAAAGACAAGGGACUUCCGCUAUUCACAUGUCACACGUCUAUCAAAACUGUCAACGCGCGAACGGACUCGCCUGGACUGCAUGAAUGAAAAAUCAAAACAUUGUAGCGAUGAAUUGUACACAUCAGAGCAGCUAAAAAAACCUGUCAGAUAAUGUGAAGGAAAAGAAUUUUUAAGUGACCGCCACUACGUUGUUAUUGCGUUACUUUCAGCGGUAUCUAGCGCGCGCAUGCGCCCGUGGCUCUUCUUUGUAAUUCCAUGCGGUUCUCGUUCGGUCUUCAAUAAACCUUCGUUAAGACACAGUUUGUUCCUUAUUGGCGUGGUGGCAGCGGCUUUUACCCACGUACGGUGGACCCUAACACAAGUGUGGUCGUCUGAAACCUGUGACCCUUAUUUUCACGAAGUGCGAAGAUCAACAAAUCAACGUGAAUUCGCCGUAACCGCUCGUGUAGGAAAACCAACAUGGCCGCCGCUCCCAGGGCGCCUAAACAAUGGCAGCUUACGAAAAACGAGACCAUCACCUCGUACGAAAGUUGGAGGCAAAACUUAGUCUACAUCUUAUCCCUGGACAAGAACUUUGUCCCAUUUUUAGAGGCCACAUGGCAAAAGCAAACCGCCGCCAACCCUCGAAGAGGCCUUACGAAUGAUGGCACGUCUGUACCUGAGGCACAACGACUUACUGCCGCUCAGAAAAAUGCCCACCUGGAUCUUCUGCUCGGACAGAUUGCCAAUUUUUGCCCCGUGAUCUCCAGGAACUCCAUAGUAAAGCACUCUACCUCUCUGAAUGACAUUUGGCAGAAAAUUCGCCAGCAUUUUGGGUUCCAGUCCUCCGGAGCCCAUUUCCUCGACCUUGCAAGCAUCAGCCUUCAAACUGCUGAGCGACCAGAGGACUUAUUCCAACGCCUCAUGGCCUUCUUCGAAGACAACCUCCUUGCAGUUAAUGGUGGCUUAACCCACCACGGUGAGCAGGUGACCGCAGAUGAAGAUCUUUCCCCAUCGCUUGAGAACACUAUAGUAGUUCUGUGGCUGCAGCUGAUCCACCCUGGCCUACCAUUACUGGUAAAGCAGAAGUAUGGUUCUGAGUUGCGUAACAAGACCCUUGCCUCACUCAAGCCAGAGAUCUCACAAGCUCUUAGUUCCCUCCUUGAUGAACUACGCUCCAUAGAGGACACCAAAGCCAUGCGUAUUAGCAAUGUCAACCCCAGACGCACCUCUAAUGGCGGACAGGGCCAACCACGCCGCCGUCCAUUUGUAUCUUGUAUUCUCUGCAAAACCGCUGGACGCCCUCACAACACCCAUGAUCUAAUGGAGUGCCGUUACCUGCCUGAUCGUGACAGGAGACCAUUGGCCCGCUCACGUCUUAUAAACGACGAUCCUGAUGAGUUUGCGACCGGCGACUGUGGCCCUUAUGAUGAGUGUUGCGAUCAUGCCCUCCCGCCAGAGCACAGUGAUGUACCUACUGCACCUACUGCACUCCGUGUCAGCAUCAUUCAAUCACCUGUCCAUCCAACACCCCCCUCAAGGCAGAAGGAGCAUGGCCCCCACCUCAACAAGUCCUCUCUGUGGACCACGCUGUACGCAUAACCAAUACGACUGACUCUCCUAUACUUCUUCGGACCGGCGAGCAGCUGUGUCAUGUAAGGCAUGUUAUACCUGUUGACAGCAUAGACACCACAUCUGCCCCUACCUCUACAGCCACUACUGCCCCUACCUGCUGCCAGCCCUUCUCCACUAAUGUGAUCCUUGACCCCGAUGGCUGCUUAGACGAGGACAUUCGCGACAAGUUCAGAGCACUGAAUCUGGAGUUUGAUGAUGUUUUCAACCCCACUAUCUCGAAAUAUAACGGCGCUAGCGGUACCAUUGAAGCUGUUGUCAACAUUGGUCCCACACUCCCCCCUCAGCGUAAAGGCAGACUCCCGCAGUACAACAGAAGCACCCUUGAGGAAUUGCAAGCCAAAUUUGACGAGCUCGAAGUGGCUGGUGUGUUUGCCAGACCUGAACAGGUGAACGUACACGUUGAGUACUUGAAUACCUCCUUCCUUGUUAAGAAACCCAAUGGGGGUAGCAGACUUGUGACAUCCUUCGGCGAAGUUGCCCAGUAUAGCAAGCCCCAGCCUUCUCUAAUGCCUAACGUCGAUGGUGUACUGCGUGAAAUUGGGAAGUGGGAGUAUAUAGUUAUCUCGGACUUGUUAAAGUCGUUCUAUCAAAUUCCACUGGCUCACUCUUCCAUGAAGUACUGUGGGUAGCCACACCCUUUAAAGGCAUCCGUGUUUAUACCCGCUCUGCUAUGGGCAUGCCUGGGUCGGAAACAUGCCUCGAGGAGCUAAUGUCUCGAGUUCUGGGUGACCUAAUUCAAGAGGGUUGUGUUGCCAAAAUUGCUGAUGACCUGUACGUUGGUGGGAGCAACCCUACAGAUGUCCUUCAUAAUUGGCGGCGCGUUCUUUCCUUGCUUCAACGCAACAAUCUUCGUCUCUCCGCGCCCAAAACACUCAUCUGUCCCAGAAAGGCCACCGUGUUGGGUUGGGUAUGGUCUAAUGGCACCCUACAGGCUAGCCCCCACAAGUUAGCCGCAUUAUCCUCUGUUGACCCUCCUACUACUGUUCAAGGCCUACGAUCUUUCGUUGGUGCAUACAAGGUGCUCAGCCGAGUACUCCCUAAGUUCGCUGAAUUGCUGGACCCCUUGGAUCAGGCCACCGCUGGAAAGGAAUCUCGAGAAAGACUAGUGUGGUCCGAUGAGUUACUCCUGUCUUUCAAGUCCGCCCAACAUGCCUUGAAAACCACAAGACCAUCACAAUCCCCAACCCCGCGACGCUUUGUGGAUCGUGACAGAUGGUUCUGUGAAGAAUAGAGGCGUCGCAGCCACACUCUACACCCACCGGAACGGUAAACUGCUGUUGGCUGGUUUUUUUUCAGCGCGAAACUGCGAAAGCAUCAAGUGACCUGGCUACCGUGUGAGAUCGAAGCUCUGGCCAUAGCUUCCUCCAUCAAGCACUUCGCCCCUUACAUUAUCCAGUCAUCCCAUACAACCGAAGUUCUGACGGACAGUAGGCCUUGUGUCCAAGCCUACGAUAAGCUUAGGAGAGGAGAGUUCUCAGCCAGCUCCAGAGUUACCACCUUCCUGUCUACAGUCAGCCGCUAUUCUGUCCAUGUGCGCCACAUUGCAGGUGUUGAAAACCUCCCUCAGACUUCGCCAGCAGGCACCCAAGAGAAUGCUUAGACUCCAGCUGUCAGAUUUGUCGCUUUAUUGCGGAGUUGGAAGAUUCUGUUGUGCGCAGCAUCUCCGUGAGCGAAGUCCUAGAGGGUUCUGUUCGAAUGCCCUUCACCAGCCGCGCCGCAUGGCAAGCUACCCAGCUGGAAUGCCCUCACCUCCGGCGAACCCAUUCUCACCUCAGUCAAGGUACCCGACCUUCAAAGAAGGCUACCAAAAUAAUUGAUGUCAAACGCUAUCUUCAGGACGUCGUCAUCGCCACUGAUGGUCUUCUCGUUGUCAAAGACCACCCGCCUUUCCAGCCCCUCGCGAUCGCAUUGUUGUCCCUCGCACUGUUCUUGAUGGACUCCUGACAGCCCUUCACAUCCGUUUCAGUCAUCCUUCCAGGUACCAAACCAAGCGCCUUUUUAGCAGGUACUUCUUUGCUCUGGACCUUGACAAAGCAAUUGAGACUGUCUCUUCCUGCUGUCACACCUGUCAAUCUCUGAAGACUAUCCCUAAACACCUGCACCCGCAGUCAUCUGCCGAUGCUCCUCCUACCAUUGGCGUAUCAUUUGCAGCUGAUGUCGCUAAGCGUCAUCGUCAACUGAUCAUGGUUCUAAGGGAAACAGUGUCUUCGUACACCGUGUCUUCCUUCAUCGCGAGUGAAAAACUCGAAGACCUCCGCAAUGCCAUCAUCAUGCUCUGCUCUCAGCUCCGUUCCCUUCGCGACGGAGGGGUGAUCGUCCGCGUUGAUCCUGCCCCUGGCUUCUCCGCCCUUGCCAAAGACAGAGUACUACUCCUCUCUUAUGGGAUCACCCUGGAGGUUGGUAGGCCCAAAAACCCUAACAAGAAUCCUGUGGCUGAGCGCGCCAUCGAAGAGCUAGGCUUGGAGAUCCUCAACUUGUCUCCUGAGGGAGGCCCCGUCUCUCAAACUACGCUGUCCUUAGCAACGGCCAAUAUGAACUCCCGCAUCCGCCGUGAUGGCCUCUCAGCUCUUGAGUUGUGGACGCAACGCGACCAGCUCACUGGUGCGCAGCUUCCAAUUGUCGACCGCCAGAUUAUCCUCAGUCAAAACUUUUCCCGCCAGCAGAAUCACAUGUCGAGUGCUAAGUCCAAGGCCCAUGGCUUUACCAAAGCCUCCAUCCCCACUGUCCUUGUUGGUGACCUUGUUUUCAUCAAAGGUGACAAAGACAAACUGAAAGCCCGCGACAAGUAUCUUGUGAUCGGCAUCGAUCAAGACCUUUUCUGUCAGCUCCGCAAGUUUACCAGUUCACAGUUCCGCAGUAAGGUCUACACCAUUCCUAUGUGUGACUGCUACCCUGUCACCCCAACUGUCCUAGCUCAGACUCCACCAGGACCCAUCCGUGGCCAGACCGAAUCCACUGCUUCUGACUCUGACGAUGAUCCUGUUCCCGUCGUCCCUUCACUAAGACCCCCUACAGUGCUUGCUUCUCCACCAGUGGAUACCUAUACUGUUCCGGUACACCACUCAGUGUCUCCAGCUCAUUCUCAGCUACCCGCCCAGGAACACCCCCCAAUUCCUGAAGUCAUUAUGCCUUCUCGGAGUCCUCCACAAGCUCCCCUGGACCCCUCUUUUACUGAUGAUGCACAGCCGACGCCUGCUGCUGUUAUCCCUACUAGGAAAUCUGACCGCUCGCGGAAAGCCCCAUUUUGGCACAAUAAGGACUGGGACUUUGACUAAUAACUCUGCCGUGUACUCUCUAGCCGUAACUACGGUCUUUACCAUGAACUGCGUAUUUUAUUAGCUCACUCGUACCUUAUCAUAAGGGGGAAUACACCCCA